AUGUUGAGUGCCGCCGCUUGUGGGUGCUACCGUCGUGUCGGUUCCCAGGUGUUUGGGAGCCGCCACCAUUCAUUGCUUCACGUCGUUGCGAACACCAGCGGCGCAUCAGCCAUCCGCACGACCGGGCAAACCCGUUACGCACACGCACACGCGCAUCCGCCAUAUGCGGUAGCGGAGCGCCGUGACGACGGCAGCUUCGGCGUGCACGCCAUCACCACCGCGGGGUCAUACGACAUUGCGUCCAUCCGAUCUCACCUCAACCACAUCCAGCGCGAGCGCGAGCGCGAGCGCGCGCUCCACGCCUCCGCCAGCGCCGACAGCAGCACCAGCAGCGCCAAUGGCAGUCGCAGUACCAAUGGCACCAGCAACAGCGCCGCCCCUUGGCAGCACGAGCACAGCAUCCGUGACACCAACCAACACCACGAGCAACUUGCGCCCUGCUACACCAUACACGAGCUGCCAAAGGACCUGGCCAACUCUGCCUUGCUCGUCAGCGUCCAGCACCCAGCCCCGCACCAGCCAGAGGCGUCAGGUGACACUGAACCUGGCUCACACCUGCCGACACAGCAGCAGCAACAUCAGCAACAAGGAGCGGUGCUUGCGCCUUCAACUGUCCUCAACAAGGCGUUCAUCCUGUCGUCGGGGUCGAUUGUGUUCUGGAGCAUGACACGGGCGGAUAUGCGCAUGGUACGGGAGCUGUGCCGCAUCGGCGAGAUGCACCCGAUCAAGGACGAGCAAGUGAUUGAGCAGGAGCACGAGAUCCUGAGCUAUCGGAUCACAACGGGCAAGUCGAGCACCAUCGAGCGCGGCACCAUCUUCCUCAGCACCGCACACAGGCAGCAGCCAGGCACAACCCCCACCAGCAGCGACACGAGCAGCAGCAGCGCGGAUGAGGUGGAAGAGCAGCAGGAUGCAUCGCAGUUGCAGCCCGUGCAUCUGGACAUGUUCGCUUUCUCCCACGCGCUUGCCAACUCUGUUGAGCUUGGCAUCCUCGAGACUGAACUCAACGCAUACUCCCGCAAUGUUGAGAGCAUACCGGAAGCCAUUAAGGACGGCACCAAGCUCCGGCUCACUCGCUCAUAUGUGCUGCAGCGAUAUGGGGAGCUGCUCACCCUUCGCCACAAGCUGAACACGUCCAAAGACCUGUCAAACUUCUACUGGGACCGGGAGCAGCUCGAAGCGCUGUACGACCGCACGUGCGCGUUUCUGGACGUGACGUCACGCCGGCGCCUCUGCAACGAACGCCUCAACUAUCACAGCGAACUCGCGGAACUGCUCAGGAUCACGCUCAGCGAGCAGCACUCGACGAAGUUGGAGUGGUACAUCAUCGGCCUCAUUGCCGUCGAGGUGAUGUUUGAGCUGUAUCACGUGUUCAUGAGGUAG